GCCGGUGAUUGCGUAACUCUGCCUACGUCAUCAGAACGCGAGUCUUGGAAAUCGUACCUUGGAGAAGCGUUGUUAAUUUGUGUACGGAAUGCGGUCUUGAGCCGCGCGGGCUGCGAAGCUUUGUGGGCGGGAGGAGUAAGGAAGGGGGCGGCGAAAUUUACUGCGCGGGGACGCGAAGACGCUUUUUUUCCCCCUGGUGUUUUCUUAAUUUGGUGCCUGGGCUUUUCUGGGUGGGGAGCUAUGAAGCCCCCGUCGAGGCUACGAUCGGCGCCCGCUCGCUUCCGCCUGGACCCCGCAAUCCGGGUUUGGACGGAUCGAGAAAAGCGGCGUCUUCUCCAGGCUUUGAGAGCUCAAGCCCAGACUCCGGGCCCGCUUCGGCCGGAGCAGCUGAAGAAAUACUUGCCUUCCAGAAAUGAAGAUGAGAUCUUAGCAUUUGUAGACUUGCUGAAAGAACGUGUGGCAAGGGAAGCAGUCAAGGCACGGUAUCGAUAUCGCCAGUGCAAAGAGAAGGAUGCCCCAGUUCCAGCACCUAUAGAGGUAUGGAUUCGUUUAGCUAAGAAGUUAACAGGUUGCCUUGAGGAUGCAGUAACAGCUGCUUUUUCCCAGGUUUUAACAAUUGCAUCUGCAGAGCCACUCUCUUUGCUUCAUUCUGUGCCACCAAAGCCUGUAGAAGUAAAUGCUGCUCAAUGCAUGACCCCAGCUGUUCCUAGCAAGAAUAUUAAAUCCAAUACAGAAUCUGAGGAAGCAACUACAUCAUCAGAUGUAGAACAGUUGACUCCUGCAGAAAAUGGUGAAUUACAUGUGGACUUUGAAAAGAUAUACAAGUAUCUUUCAGUGAUUUCACGGGGAUCUAAAGCACCAGAGCUACCACCUGGUGAGUCAGCUGUUCUACUAGAUCUGCUUUUGUCAUUACCAGAAGAACUGAGUCAUCUGGAUUAUAAGAAACUUAAGGGACAUAUGUACAAAUGCUAUAUUGAUUUAAAUGCUCACUAUAAGAAUGAAAAAAGUACAAGGAAAGCAAAGAUCAGCCCGCUUGUAAACAAUAAUCAAGAUCUUCCUGAAACAUUUUAUAACGUGCCAUCAGCUGGAAAUAGCUUUUCACAAGAGCAAGAGGAUACUAGUUCUACUGCUGCUUCUACAAGUGGCACAGCAUCAACAUCUUCCACGGAUUGGAAGACGCUGGGUAUUUGCCCACUGAAUUCAUUUUGGUUUCCUUUGGAUAUUCUAGCACAAAAAAAAGAGAUUUUGGAUUAAAGACUCUAUUUUAUUACAUGU